AUAACGCGUAUACCUACUUCUGUUUAAUUAAAAAUAUAUUCAUAUAUGUCUGUAUUCGAGAAUUUUAAACGCGUAUUUUACCAUUUAUCAUUUAUUUUGUGACAGCUGUUUUUGCACAAACACCUAAAAUCGUGUAAGUACAUUGGUCCUAAAUAUUAAUCCACAUACUAUGCGACUCGGAGGAAUUCAACUCGUCACUCGUUAAUGAGGUCGUCAGUGUUUUGGUAUAAUAUUAUCUCUUGAUAUUAUUUGAAAAAUAAUCAUAAGUCCUUUUAUGACUUACAUUGUUUGCACAUUAUUGUUCGACUGUCGAAGUGUAAUGUUGACAGUUUCGUGCAAAGCUAUGUAAAACAUUUGCAUGCCGAUCAUCGAUUUGUAUACAUAAUAUUUAACUAUUUGAUAUGUUAUUAUUUAUAACGCUGACCUGGUCUACUUUAGGUGCUUAAUUAUUAUUACAUACAAUAAACGAUUUACCUAUACCUAAUAACACAUAAUAUAUAUAUAUUAUACCUACGGUUUUGUAAUACGCGUCCGUGUUGAAUGUUUGGUUUGGGGAUAGAACGAUAGGUUGCGAAACGGUUUCCCGUCGGUCAGCACAUUAAUUCGUUUUGUUUACAUUGGCGCGCGACCGUCUUUCUGUAUACAUAUUAUAUACAUAUAUAAUAGGUGACUGCAGGACACACGGAACCUAUAAAGACAUCGAUCGUCGGACGCAUCAAAUAUCCGUAAACACCUGCAGACGACAAACGAUACAACAACAUGAAGUUCGUUAUUUUCGCGGCGUUAUUCGUAGCGGCAUCGACCGUUGUCGGCGCCUCGUCGGUGCGAGUGAAGAAGGACGUCGGGUCGAAGAACAGCGAGCAGUGCGUGUACACGGACGUGUCGAAAACGGGUAAGAAGACGAUUGUCUGCGGCGAUCCGGCACCGCCCACGUUGGCCUCCAUCCUGACCAGUCAGCUGCAGCAGAGAAAGUCUACGGGUCCCGAAGCCAGAAUCCCGUCGGAAAAAUGUCUUGACCUCCACAAACCCAAGCAAACUCCCGUGUCCGUGUACGUGCAACCGCAACAGCAAUACGAACAACCACACUACGAACAGUUGCACGUGAUGCACCAUCAGGUGCCUCAGGUGCAGUACGUGCAGCAACAGCCUCAGGUACACUACGUGCAGCAGCAACAGCCGCUGGUGCACUACCAGCCGACGGUCGUUUACCAGAAACCCGCGGUACAACUGCAACCUUACAAGUCUCCGUGUUCGCAGUACGGCGGUUACUCGGAUGGUGGUUACUCGUCGGGUUACGGUUAUUCGAAUGGCGGCUACGGCGGUUAUGGUGGUUACACGGGCGGCGGUUAUCGUAUGGCCGACGACGCAUCUCCCAUCGCGGUACCGGCGAGGGCAGUAGACGAAAUGGCGGGCGCUGACGAUGUGUACGAUGACGAGACGCCGAUUAUGCAAAACUACUUGGAGGCCGGACCGUACGAAGGCAACGCGGCAAUGGCCCGCAAAGGGUUCGGUGGCGGCCGCCCGAGAACGGUGGAGAUGCGACCCUUGUUCGUGCCGGCGAUGCUGAGGUCGGCGGACCAGUACGGAUACGAAGACGGUGUCGGACCGGAAUGGCAGCCACAGCAGCGGUUAGUAUCGGAACCGGAACUUCAGUUUCCGGGUCAGUUGUCACAGCAACCGAUGGUCGGCCGAUUUUCGGGCGUCGAGAGGUCUAUGGCGUCGGCAGUUGCUGCGGAGGGUGGUCCGUUGGACAGGCGGCAGCUGGCGUACAGUGGUUACGUGCCCGUCCGGCCCGAGACGAUUAUGUCGAUGACGGACCGGUACAACUUUGGCGGAUAUUCGAGGACAGCCGGACAACCGGUGCAACAAGAGCAGCAAAUGCAACAACUGCAACAACAACAAUUGCAACAACAACAACUGCAACAACAACAACUUCAACAACAACAACUGCAACAACAACAGCAACAACAACCACAGCAACAACUGCCCUCUUCACAGGACAAUCAAUCGACCGGCGGAGAAGUCGACGGUGCGCUGACGGCAGUACCCGCAAAGGCCGACCCAAAAGAUUUAAAACCGGCCGAUCGCAAGAAAAACGUGAAAAACUAAACUCCUCGACGGUUAGUCUACGGUAUUAUAUAAUAUUAUAAAAUUGUUUUUCGCAACGGAACUUGUACGCUGUAUUUUUCCUGUUCGAUUAGAUGUCUUCCCGUUAUCCGUUUGAACGACAGCGGCCAUGACUUUUUUACAAUAUAUAUAUUAUAUUUUUUACUAUGUGAUUCUAACAUUAUUUUUUUUCUCGUGUACCAUGUUUUUCACUACUAUAAUUAUGGUAUAGUCCAAACACACGUUUCUUGAAAAAAAAAUAUUAUAAUUAUCACUAUGGAUGAUUUCGUUAAUCGUUGAUUUAUUAUAAUAAUUAUUUGUUCAUUAACA